CUGCAGAAUAAGAGCUAAAGUUUGUGUUUUGGAUAAUUUCUCCCUCCGCAUGUACCAUCCCUGUUUGAUGGCACCGCGCUCUCUGAGCAUGGAGAGACUCUUCUCUGAGCAGAUCUGUAAGCUGUAGGAUCAAGAGGACCUGCAACAGGUUGGAGAAAUGGCAGACAUUCUGGAGCUGCGCACAGAUGGGAACUCUCUCCUGAAGGCAGUGUGGCUCAGACGAUUAAGACUCACCAGGCUUCUGUUGGAAGGAGGCGCAUAUAUCAAUGAGAGCAAUGAACGGGGAGAGACGCCACUCAUGGUGGCCUGUAUGUCGAGACACUCUGACCAGCAAAGCGUGAGCAAGUCGAAGCUUGUCAAAUAUCUAUUGGACAACCAAGCGGACCCAAACAUACAGGACAAGGCGGGCAGGACGGCUCUAAUGCAUGCCUGCAUCCAUAAAGCUGGGCACGAGGUGGUGGAUCACCUGCUGAGCAACGGUGCUGAUCCAAGUCUGGAGGACAGGAGUGGGGCCUCGGCUCUGGUCUAUGCCAUCAAUGCAGAUGAUAAGGAGACAUUAAAAUUACUUUUGGAUGCAUGCAAAGCUAAAGGAAAAGAGGUCAUUAUAAUAACGACAGACAAGUCACCAUCUGGCACUAAAACCACCAAACAGUAUCUAAAUGUGCCCCCAUCUCCAGAGCUGGUUGAGAGGUCGUCUCUCGAGUACUGCACCACUCCCUCUGACAUCAGUAUCACUGCGUCUCCUACAUCUGAGCAAGAGGAACAAAACACUGUAUUUAAUUUCCAGACGAAGCUAAAAACGUCCGUCUCUGCAACAAAGCUUACAAAUGGGCCCACAUCUCCAACUCGCCGGCCAGUAAACCCGAAACGGGCGCGUUUGCCUCAGCUGAAGCGGCUGCAAUCAGAGCCCUGGGGCCUGAUUGCUCCCUCUGUCCUGGCUGCAGCUGCUGCCUAUGAGGAGAGCAAGAAAGCCAGCUCUGAUGAGGAUGUAGUUGCUGGGGUGAACGGCCUCUCUCUGAAUAGGAGAGCUGCUCUGUCCCGGCAGAGCAGCGUGGAUGGGAAGGACAGCUUAUUCCCGCUGGUGGGUGACCAGCCGUGCAAAAUGACAACCUCCUUAUCAGUCCCUCCAACUUCUAAGCCUUCAUACGAGAGAUCUCUGGGACAGCACCAGCCUCUGGCUCGGCGCAGUACUGUGCCCACAGAGCAGGAGAGCGGCAGCAGCUGCGGCAGCGGACAAGUCAGCCUCAGAGAGACGUUGCACAGAAGACGUCUAGGAAACGAUCACUAUGACUCAGACUCGCAGCUCUACUCAGACUCUGCCAUGUUAGACUCUCCUAAAGUCCCAGUGGAGCGAAGGAAACUAAACACUUCUCCACUUGCAAUGCUCACCAGUUCCAGAGAAUCGCUUGACAGCAAUGCAAGCACAUCAUCUCCAAGCACGGCACGAAGGCGCGCACCUGGACUCCUGGAAAGGAGGGGCUCCGGCACGCUACUGUUGGACUACAUCUCGCACACUAGGCCUGGCCACCUGCCCCCCCUAAACGUCAACCCAAACCCACCCAUUCCUGAUAUAGGGGCCAGUAACAAGCCCUCUUCACCUCUUUCAACAGGUAUAAAAUCCAUAGCCCCAGUAGCACCAAACACACCAAAGACAGGAGGUCUAAAGACAAAGAAGAAACUUGUGAGAAGGCACUCUAUGCAAGUGGAGCAGAUGAGGCAGCUUUAUGAUUUUGAGGAGCCUCCUCAUUAGUUAGUUAUGGCGUUAAUGCAGCAAAUACCGGGGUAGUAAAUAUGAAAGCACCCUAUAAUACCAGGAAGUACAUCCAUAGCCUCAGCUGUUUCCACACACGGUUAUCUAGAUGUUGAAAAAUGUAUAAUUUAUUACAAAUAAAUCAACAUAAAUAUAUAUCGAACAAGCAAUAUAGAUAUUUUUCCCUGUGUUACACUCAGCUUAAGGAUCAUCUUUGGACUUUACAACA